GCGGAUACCCAUGCUUCAAAAAAAGUCAGUUUGGUACUGAAUUUGAGUGGUGUUUUCUGUCAACUGUUCAUGUGCACGUAUAGUUGCGACGACGUGAUGCAACAAAGUGGCAACGUCAGCAAUGCAAUAUUCUCAAUACCAUGGGCAAUCUUUCCGAUGAACGAAGCUGGUACCAUUGUACGAAAAAAUCUGAUAAUUAUCAUCAUGAGAUCGCAUAAGUUUUGUUGCUUAACAGCCGGGAAAUUUUUUCCCGUUUCUCUUCAAACAUUUACUGGGGUAAUUAGUCUAAUCCAUGUCUAUGCCUUCGUAACAAUUUUCCUUUUUUACCAUUCACCCUUUCAUUAUCGUGAAUUUUCACGUCAGGCUUUCCCUAUUGGUGAUUUUUUAUGCCUCAAGUUGUACAAUUUACACACAUUUACAGUCUAUGUCGUUUUGGAUGUGUUUUAACUUUUUAUCUCUGAAAUCUAGUUUUAUAAUGAUUUUUGCAACAAGAAAUGUUUGCACUCAGCCGUAAAAUUAUAAUCCUACAAUCAGACAUGGCUACACUAAUUUAUAUCAUAUCACAAAGAGUUUGCAAAUUAAAUUUUAUUUUGUAUUUUAUAUAUUUGCCUGAUAGUGAUUAGUAAUGAAAUUAAAUCAAAUUAAAUCUUUCGAAAUUAUAUAACAUAAAAUUAUCGUGGCUCUCAAUAUCCUAACGUUGAGGUCUAUAAUAAAACAUCAUAAUUUUUUAAAACUGCAUUAAUUAACACAUUUUCGAAAAUUUUGUAAUAUUAUAUUUAUAAUAAUUUUUUGUACUACAUUUAUAUUAUUGUAAAUAUAAUAUUUAUAAUGUUCUUGUAAUAUUGUACACUUAAUAAUACAAGUAAUGUCUUUUUAUUUUAUUAAGUUUAUAUAAAAUUUAUAUUGUGAAUAAUAAUAAUAUAAUAAUAACUUUUACUAAAUUUUAUUAAAUACUAGCAAUAUUCUAUGUGAUCAAUUUCGAAAUGAGAUUCGAUUUGAUUCUUCGUGAACGUUUAUUUUUAAUAUUAUUAGUUGAGGAAUGGUUCGAUUGCUAAUUUCUUACGAUUGAUGAUAACGCUUUUUUUUACUGUUUGCUGUGACGAGCAAUUUCAGUUGUUACUAAUAGCGAAAAAGUAGGAUUGUGAUUAUUGUACUGUUGCAGGUACUCAGUAUGUCAAUGUCUUAUUUCACUCUGCUAAGAAAUACAUCUUUAAAUGCAACGAAUUCAUAA